AUGGAUGGUAAAACCAGACUACAAAAAGCAUGUGAUGCAUGCAACAUCCGCAAAGUCAAGUGUGACGAGGGUGGACCGCCGUGCCAGUCAUGCAUUGCUCUUGAUAUCCCGUGCACUUUUGACCGACCCAAGAAACGUCGUGGUCCACCAAACAAACAUGCAGAGGCACUCAAGAAACAAAAAGCCGAAUGCACAAUAGCAGCACCGGCUUCUUCUUCUUCUUCUCCUCCAGCGACAGUAGCUCCAUCUGUUCCGGCACUCUCGCCGACUCCAGCAAGCGCACCUCCCACUGCUCUCGCAUCUUUCGCUGCUCCUACGACUAUCACUGCAGGCGGGACCGGACCAUCAGAUACACCAAUAUCGAACCAGAAGAUAAUCCCGCUAUCUGGCGAAUCGAUAUGUCCGUUGCCGACACUUCAGCUAUUAGUGGAUGACUACUUUACUUUCAUCCACCCUCUCGUCCCUGUUCCACACGAACCAACCUUUCGCGAAGCAUUUGCGAGGCGAGAAGAUCUGACCAAUGGACGGUUUUUGGCAUUGCUAGCUUCUGUAGUGGGCUCUUUGGUAGCCUCUUUCCCGCGGCGGCCGAGAUUGCAUCUGAGGACAGAUUCUGCUGGGUCUUUAUACUCGAAUUCGAUGGCUUUAGCGAAACGGUGUCAUGACGUCGCAGUUCAAGCGCGAGGAUUGGGAUAUCUUGACACAAGCACUACCGUUGACGACGCGACUAUUAGUUAUCACUUGUCGCUUUGUUCAAGCUACAUCUAUAAUCCACAACGCAGUCGGUUGUACCUUGGCGAAUGCAUGACGAUAUUGCGCGUAUACACUUUAUAUAAGCCUUCAAGACAAGGUGCGACUGAUUCCGGUCAAAUAGCUGUUGGAUCACCGGUAUCUGAACCUCGGGGUCAGUUCGACGAUCUCAGUGAAACCACGGAGAAUCUUCUUGUGCAGGAACAAGGGAGGCGGUUAUUUUAUGUAUGUCUUGCUGGGUUGCAGACAUUACAUCAACUGGGCUCGGCGGAUGGGAGGACAUACAUACCCCCUGAAACUCCGACGAAUCGAUAUCCCCCUUUUCCUCUUGAGGUGGAUGAUGAGUAUAUCACUGCUAAUCAAGUCACGCCGCAACCUACCGGCGUCGUGUCUCAGAUCACGGGAUUCAAUGCCAAUGUACGCAUAUUCCAGUGCUAUAAUCCGCUCUUGGCGCUAGAAAUCGCUUUCCACGACAGCGAACUAGUAAGCUGGGAACGACAGAGACAGUUGAUAUGGGAGUCAUUACAAAAAGCGAAAAGUGUCACCGCAAAAUUACCUCCUGAACUUUCGCUAAACUACACACAGCAAUUCUCCGAGCUCUCCUCUCCAUCGGUUAUAGGAGGCUGGCCUCCAUCUUUUGGGGCGGGAACGACGAACCGUGACCAGGAUCGUCGAAGGAUACAGUAUGAGAUUCAAAAGGUCAACAUAUAUAUAAGUCAGCUGUCUACGAGAUCAUAUCUUGUUGAGAAAUACUGGACUCUGUUUGAGGGUCAUAUAAGGCUUCAAAGGGCAAAAGCUGGUGCAACCGAUACUACACCAACUCUUCCGCCCUCCAACGUUGCUAUGUCAGGUGAAUCAACAACAUCAACGCCAGAUGCGGAGCUCCAUGCGCAAACGGAUCGUAUUGGACAGACGAUGAGGCAGGAACGUGGGCUCGUAAUCAAGGAUCUUCUAUGUCUGCUGAAAAGCGUACAAGAGAUCCAUAUCGAGCCCAACGGCGCCAGUUUCUGCCAUAAAGUCCGCCAAAUAGCCUCCACACUGCUCAGCCUACCCCAAGAAACGAGCACAACCCUACCCAUAACCGUCGACCCCGUAACCGGCACACCAACGACCACAACCACAACCACAACAACACCGCCCACCGGACCACAACCCUUAUCCACCAGCGACGCCGAAAAAUAUCUGCGCACAUUCCUUAACAUCCUCGUUCGACUCGAAGGUGUCGGCGUCACCGGUGGGGAUCCACUACAAUCCAACACUGUCACGGAGAACCUGAACAUCAAACCCCACGAUUUGGACAUGAGCAUCAACCCCGCUACCACCACCACCACCACCACCAAUAUCAAUGCCACAAUCCUGGACACCAACAUGGAUGCCGGCGGUAAUCUGAGUAACGCCAUAACGGCGACAACCCUGAUCAACGACCCCUUGUUAGCUGCAGCGGCAUACCCGUCCCCGAACCACAAUGAAGCGUUCUUGCUACCGAUGAGUUAUACGGGUGAUGGAGUGAGUAGUCAAGAAGAAGAGGAGAUGAGACAAUGGGCGAAUUUGAAGGAGUUUCAGAAGACGUUUGUGGAGGACGGGGGGUUGUUGUAUCCUAUUUGA